AACUACACGUGCACAUAUAAUCACACUAGUGAUUUCAUCAGUUAGGAUGAGAUAAUAAAUUUCGAUUCCAUGGAAAUAGCCAAGGGUUUUCUUAAAGAAUUUUUGAAUUUAUGAACUAAAUACUAUUAUAAACUCAGUAUCUAUUUAUUGCAUGAAUAUUACAUAUCUACCUGUUGAAAGUUUUGACCAAGUACUGAUAUGGUGCUCAUCAUUUACAAUGGAAAUAAUUGUGACCAUUGCUUUUGAAUGUCUAGCUUGGGCUUAAUAGUUGUCAAUCUUGCUUUCUUUAUACUAUGGAUAAGUGGUUACCUAUGAGCAAUGCCCUAAAACAAAGACUUUAAUCUUGGAAAUAAAGUUUCAGGAAGUAUCUGUUGAAAUGACUAGUCUGUCAGAUGAAAAAAAAAAAAAAGUCAGUGCUGAUUAGAGGAAGAUAACUAACCAUUUAUAGAGAGGAUUCUGGUAAUAGAUUAACGAAAUAAAAUACAUACAGUAUCAGUCCCAGAGUGGUACAGUAACACCGUCAGAAGGUUAAAGUUCAACCCGAGAACAACUAUACCAGCUCCAGGGAAGUCUAUGGAAAAAGUAUUUUUAAGAUUGGAAAAGACAUGACAGACUCUAACAAGAUGAUCAUCAACUUGGCCCUCUUUGGCAUGACUCAGAGUGGAAAAAGCUCUGCUGGGAACAUUCUUUUGGGAAGCACUGACUUCCACAGCAGCUUUUCUCCAUGUUCUGUGACCAAAGAUUGCUGUCUGGGCCGCAGUUGUCACCUCUGUGGCUUCAUGCGUCGAGGGGGGCAAGAGAUAACCCUGCAGAUCCAGGUGUUGGACACUCCAGGUUAUCCACACAGCAGACUGACCAAGAAGCAUGUGAAACAGGAGGUCAAGGAGGCCCUGGCACAUCACUUUGGGCAAGAGGGUCUCCAUCUUGCACUGCUGGUCCAGAGAGCAGACAUGCCUCUUUGUGGACAGGAAGUAUCUGACUUAGUCCAGAUGAUUCAGGAACUUCUAGGACAUGCUUGGAAGAAUUACACUGCCAUUCUUUUCACCCAUGCAGAAAAAAUAGAAGAGGCUGGGUUCAGUGAAGAUACAUACUUGCAUGAGGCCUCCGAUACACUGCUAACCCUGCUAAAUUCUGUACAGCGCAGAUAUAUUUUCCAGUAUAAAAAAGGAAACUCACUUAAUGAACAAAGAAUAAAAAUCUUAGAAAGAAUCAUGGAAUUUAUAAAAGAAAAUUGUUACCAAGUUCUUACCUUUAAAUGA